AUGAAUGACAACUACUCGAGUAUAAGAUGCCAGACCAUUAAUGCCAACAACUUUGAGCUCAAACCAGCUUUGAUCAGCAUGGUGCAACAAGCCCACUAUAGCAGAUCGCCACUUGAUGAUCCCAAUAUUCAUUUGACGAUGUUCUUGGAGAUUUGUGACACUGUAAAGAUCAAUGGUGUUACUGAAGACACCAUUAGACUGAGAUUAUUUCCUUUUUCUUCGAGGGACAAAGCAAGAGUUAAUGCUGCUUCUAGUGGAACUUUGAUGUUAAAGACAGCUGAGGGUGCUACUUCUCUUUUGAAAGAAUUGGCCUCAAACAAUUAUCAAUGGCCAACCAAAAGAACUAUGGCUAAGAAAGUUGCUGGGAUUCAUGAAUUAGAGUCAUUUGCUGCCCUUUCAACUCAAGUUGCUUCUCUAUCCCAUCAAAUUUCAGUUUUGACAACCCAAAGGAUACCACAAAGUGCAGAAUAUGUUGUAGCUACAGGUAUGAAUGUUCUGAGUAAUGAAGCGAGUUAA